CCGCGCCUGGCCCCGUCAUCGCUUGGAGCAGCGGUUUCAGCCGGGACACCGACCGCGUCGAGCCUUCAGCACUCUUCCAGCGAGGACCGCCUCGGGACCGCCUCCCGUUGAACGUCGGACCCCGCGCCGACGAGCCAGCACACAUCAGACCACUGACCAGCCGCCGGACCGCCUCGAGGAACCAUGUCGCUCCACUAUCCGCAAGGGUAUCGGUACCGCUCGGCCAGCAAGCCCGCCGCCGCGGGGAACGGCGAGCAAGGCUCCGACAGCGACGUGGCCGAGCUCAGCGAACUCGAGGACGACGAGGACGAAGACGGGGCCGGCCAAUCGACCGACAGGCGCAUCCUGCGCGAUGCCGGACAGGACCCCGAUCGCGAUCAAGAGGACGACGAGGAGGAUGACGAGGACGACGAGGAGGAUGACGAGGAUGACGAAGACGAUGAGGACGACGAGGACGACGACGACGAGGACGGAGACGAGCUUCCAUAUCCUGGAUUCAUGCCGGUCGUGCUGCGAUACCUCGACCAGACCACCCGACCGCGCAACUGGUGUCUGGCGCUCAUCACUAAUCCGUGGUUCGAGAGGGUGAGCAUGAUGGUGAUUCUUUUGAAUUGCAUCACGCUGGGGAUGUACCAGCCGUGCGUCGACGACCAGUGCGUGACGAACCGCUGCAAGAUAUUGCAAAUGUUCGACGACAUCAUUUUCGCCUUCUUCGCUCUGGAGAUGACGAUCAAGAUGGUCGCGAUGGGGAUCUAUGGGAAGGGGACCUACCUGGCGGACUCCUGGAACAGGCUGGACUUUUUUAUCGUGGCUGCUGGAGCCCUGGAGUACUGCUUGAACGUGGAGAACAUGAACCUAUCGGCGAUACGAACAAUAAGGGUCCUGAGACCUCUGCGAGCCAUCAAUAGAAUUCCAAGUAUGAGGAUACUGGUGAUGCUGCUGCUGGACACGCUGCCGAUGCUCGGCAACGUGUUGCUCCUCUGCUUCUUCGUCUUCUUCAUAUUCGGGAUCGUCGGUGUGCAGCUCUGGGAAGGCAUCCUGCGUCAGCGUUGCUUCCUGAAGGCGCUGCCCAACGUCAAGUACCCCGAGUUACUCUCGGACGAGUACUCGGUUCGAUCACGCAUUUACGAUCUCGAGAAGUACUUCGAGUAUCAGGGUCAGGACUACAUUUGCUCGCGGCCCGACGACAACGGAAUGCACUCUUGCAGUAACUUGCCGCCGCUCAAGUUCGGAAACGUGAUCUGCAACAACACCGCGUUGCCGAACAAUAACGCAACGUUCAUCAGCAACGAGACCUGCGUUAAUUGGAAUUACUAUUACACGGAGUGCAAGGGUCAGGGUAACAAUCCUUUCCAGGGAACGAUAUCGUUCGAUAAUAUCGGUCUCGCCUGGGUCGCAAUAUUUCUUGUAAUUAGUCUCGAGGGAUGGACGGACAUAAUGUACUACGUGCAAGACGCUCAUUCGUUCUGGGAUUGGAUUUAUUUCGUCCUUUUGAUCGUGAUCGGCUCGUUCUUCAUGAUUAAUCUGUGCUUGGUCGUGAUAGCGACGCAGUUCUCGGAAACGAAGAAGAGGGAGAUGGAAAGAAUGCGAUUGGAGCGGGCUCGGUUCCAUUCUACAUCCACCCUCGCGUCCUCGACGAACACAUCCGAGCCGACCACGUGUUACGCGGAAAUCGUUAAGUACAUCGCGCACCUGUGGCGCAGGGGCAAGAGGAGGCUGAUGAAGAGGUACCGACUGUAUUUGUACAAAAGACAGCAGAAACGGGAGCAGAAUUUACUGAAGGAACAGCAACAGCAAGGACAUCCGUUUCGGGGAACCCCGGCCGGCUCCGCGUCGAAUAGAUUGCCCGGAGACAGAAGAUUCCAUCACGGAAGGUGUCCUCGGUUGCUAGCAGCGUUAGAGUACGCGGAGCAUCAGCAGCAGCAGCAGCAGCAGGGAAUAGGCAGUGGCGGUGGCUCGUUGACAGAUUUCACUGGCAACAGCCCACCGACGCAGCCAGCGAUCCUCGGGAACGCUGUCGCCAGCAACGGAGGCAGCAACGGGAAUCUGGCAAUUGCUCCACGCGCCAGCCCUGAGGUUUCUGAAGCCGAUAUCUCGUCGAACGUGUGCAAUCGUUUGGGCAUCCAUCGGACGUCGUCUGUGUCCUGCAACAGCAGCGAUAACAUCCUGUCGAAUGCCACCGAAGCUAGCAUACAGACGAACAACGCGCUGCUCAGUCCACCGUGUAUGCAUUACCGACGGCGAAGCAGCGUGAUGUUCAAUGACGUGGUGCUGUUGCACGGCAGCAACAACAACGUAGGGAACGCGCUGCAGCCGAGCUCGACGGUGUCCCCCGGCGAGCGUAACGUGUGCUCCAGCGAGAAAAUGACGCAGACAGGCGACGGGAACGUUUGGUCGAGUCCGCUGGCUGACCCCAUACAGUUGCAGGCGGAACUAAGUAGAAGCGAGGCGAUGACCUGUCAAGAGUUACUGGCGCUGGGCGGUGCGCUGAGCGCCGCGUUGCCCACGGGCCAGCUGGCACUGGACUCCUUCCUGAACUCGCUCACCAAAGGCAUAAGGGAUCGACAUAUUACGCUGGAGGAUCGCGCGCAGUGGCUGACAUCGGACAUCGAUAAUUGCUCCUGUUGCUGCGAGCUGCAGGCCACCGGCGACCAAUGGCCGGACGAGGCCGACAAAUGGCCGAGAUCGUCGCGGGCGAGAAGGCUCCUGAGAACUUGCGGCGGCUGCUGCGUGUGCGUGGUACGGUGCAUAAGGCGGUCGAUCAAGAAGCUGGUCGAGCACAAAUACUUUCAACAGGGUAUUUUAGUGGCAAUUUUGAUCAAUACACUGAGCAUGGGCAUAGAGUACCAUAAUCAGCCAGAGCAAUUAACCGUAGUGGUUGAAAUAAGCAAUAUUGUGUUUUCGGCCGUUUUCGCCGUGGAAAUGUUACUCAAGAUAAUAGCGGAGGGCCCGUUCGGCUACAUCAGCAACGGAUUCAACGUCUUCGACGGGGUUGUCGUCGUGCUUAGUGUCGUAGAGAUCUGCCAGGCGUUCGUCGAGGAGAGAAGCGGCAGCUCCGGGCUGAGCGUGUUGCGGACGUUCCGGCUGCUGAGGAUCCUGAAGCUGGUGCGGUUCCUGCCGAACCUGCGCCGCCAGCUGUUCGUGAUGCUGCGCACCAUGGAUAACGUUGCCGUAUUCUUUUCCCUUUUAGUACUAUUCAUCUUUAUAUUCAGUAUUCUCGGGAUGAACCUGUUUGGUUGCAAAUUCUGUGAAACGAUGAAAGGCAGCUCUGACGUCGAGUGUGAUAGAAAAAACUUUGACUCGUUACUCUGGGCUAUUGUGACGGUGUUUCAGAUCCUGACGCAGGAGGACUGGAACGUGGUCCUGUUCAACGGGAUGCAGAAGACGUCCCAUUGGGCCGCGCUCUACUUCGUCGCGCUGAUGACUUUCGGCAAUUACGUGCUGUUCAACCUGCUGGUCGCCAUUCUCGUCGAGGGAUUCUCAUCGGAGAGGAACGAGAGGAGAGAACGCGAGCAGAGGGAAAUGGCGCGGCUCGCGGCGAAAGAAGUGGGAAUGGGGAGCGACGAUGGAUCUUCUAGGAUAUCUAGAUCGCACUCGAUCACGGAUAGCGAUACUUACACUCAGGACCGGAAGAACUCCUGGCAGAGCUGCGAGGAGCUGCGCAAGUACAAGGACAACAACAGCAGGGAGAAGCAGAACACCGUGUGGAGGCAUCAGAUCGACGAGCCGAAGUGCAACAUCCAGAAGGAGAAUAAGAUGCUCGGGGGCGCGGGACAGCCGCCGAUAAUCACCCACACAGCGGCCACGCCGCAGGACUCGCCGAACACCACCCUGGACAUUGGAUAUAGGGACUUGAACUGCCAGGCUGUUUACCCGACCGCGGCGUUGUCGAUCGAAUCUAUUGACCGUUCAGGCAGCCAAUGCAGCAUUCCCUCCGGAUUGCUGAAACUACCGGACGUUUCGAAUAAAAUACCAACCAAGAACCUUAUCGCCGGACAGUUUCCCCGGCGGAUAAGCCUCGUCACGGCUGCCGUCAAUCCUGUGUCGAGGGAAGCAUCCAGUUCAAGCCCGCCACGGAUACAAAGAGGAUACUCGUGGAAAUUGUCCAGACCUUCCCUGAGGAGGAAACGUUGGUCGCAAAGCGAGGACGAGCCCCUGGGAAGGGCAACCGUCUUGAACAACGGCCGGAGCGCGUUGCUCGGCUCGAACUCGGCGUUCAACGGCGGCUACCUGCACGGUUCGAUAAGGAACGACACACAGUGCGACACGCCGAAUAAUCGCACGGCCGUCCUAACCAGCAAUAAUCGUAGCCUCAGCCCUAAUAACUCGAUCGGAAGCCGCGGCUCCUCCAUGCGACGAUACACAGCGACGCCUAAUCAGAUGCGUUGGAUCGGCGACCUGUCGCGAAGAAACUCGCUGCGGGGCUACGAGAACGUUCAGUCGCCGACAGGGAAGACGCUGCCGCUGGACGAGGUGCACGUGCAAUGCGCCACCGCUCGUACAAUCAAUAAUCUGUCGAUGGAGACCGGUCCACUGCCCAGAAUCAAGCAACUUCCCGAUCAAGACGACGACAAUCCGCGCACCGACGAGCAGGCGGCCCCUUUGAACGGCCACGGCAGCGCGAGCAGCAUCGAGAGAAUCAAGAAGAUCUUCAUGUUCUUCGAGCCGAAAGGUUGCCUUAAAGAACGCGACGAUUACUCGCUCUAUCUUUUCCCGCCGAACAACAGGUUUCGAGUCUUCUGCCGGCAGCUGGUCGAUCAGAAAUGGUUCGACAACGUAGUCCUCUUCUUCAUCGGUCUGAAUUGCAUCACUCUGGCGAUGGAACGGCCGAACAUACCGCCCGACAGCGGGGAAAGGCUUUUUUUAUCAACGGCGAACUACAUUUUUACUGGGGUGUUCGCCAUCGAGAUGUUCAUCAAGGUCGUUGCAUCCAGUAUGCUGUACGGUUCGGACGCCUACUUCACUUCCGGCUGGAACAUCAUGGACGGAGUCCUCGUGAUCAUCUCCAUCAUCGAUUUAUCAAUGUCCCUACUUUCGUCUAGUAGUCCAAGGAUAUUUGGAAUAUUGAGGGUUUUUAGACUUUUAAGGUCGCUGAGGCCGUUACGCGUGAUCAACCGAGCGCCCGGUUUGAAACUGGUUGUUCAGACACUGUUGUCUUCUUUACGACCUAUCGGCAACAUCGUUUUGAUAUGCUGUACUUUUUUCGUAAUCUUCGGUAUCUUGGGCGUGCAGCUCUUCAAGGGUGCCUUUUAUUAUUGCGAGGGGCCUGACAUUAAAAACGUGCGCAAUAAGACGGACUGCCUAGCCGACAAACGGAACGUCUGGCUCAACAGGAAAUACAACUUCGACGACCUCGGGAAGGCUUUGAUGUCGUUGUUCGUGCUGUCGUCGCGUGACGGAUGGGUGAACAUCAUGUACACCGGGCUGGACGCUGUCGGCGUUGACCAACAGCCCGUCGAGAACUACUCGGAAUGGCGCCUGCUGUACUUCAUAGCGUUCAUCCUGCUCGUCGGUUUCUUCGUGCUCAACAUGUUCGUGGGGGUCGUCGUGGAGAACUUCCACAGGUGCCGCGAGGAGCAAGAGAAGGAGGAACGCGUGCGGAGAGCCGCCAAGCGGGCCUUGCAGAUGGAGAAGAAGCGACGAAAGAUGCACGAGCCGCCUUACUACACGAACUACUCGAAAUCCAGGCUGUUCGUUCACAACGUCGUCACAUCCAAGUACUUCGACCUAGCGAUCGCCGCGGUGAUCGGCCUGAACGUCGUCACGAUGGCGAUGGAGUUCUACAUGAUGCCGAAGGCUCUGACGUACGCCCUGAAGAUCUUCAAUUACUUCUUCACUGCGGUCUUCAUCCUCGAAUCCUUCAUGAAGCUUCUCGCUCUGGGCCUGCACCUGUACCUCAAGGACAAGUGGAAUCAAUUGGACAUCGGUAUCGUGAUACUGUCGGUGGUCGGUAUCGUCCUCGAGGAGGUCGAGUCGAAGAUCAUUCCCAUCAACCCCACCAUCAUCCGAGUGAUGCGGGUGCUGCGAAUCGCAAGGGUUCUGAAGCUGCUAAAGAUGGCGAAGGGGAUACGAGCGCUUCUAGACACCGUGAUGCAGGCGUUGCCGCAGGUCGGCAACCUGGGGCUGUUAUUUUUCCUGCUCUUUUUCAUAUUCGCCGCUCUCGGCGUGGAGCUUUUCGGUCGUUUAGAAUGCAACGAUGACAUGCCUUGCCAAGGACUAGGCGAGCACGCCCACUUCAGCAACUUCGGCAUGGCGUUCUUGACGCUUUUCCGCGUGGCCACCGGGGACAAUUGGAACGGCAUCAUGAAGGACACGCUGAGGGACGACUGCGACGAGGCGGCCGAUUGCGUGAAGAACUGUUGCGUCAGCACCAUCAUCGCGCCAAUCUUCUUCGUGAUCUUCGUUCUGAUGGCGCAAUUCGUUCUGGUGAACGUCGUCGUUGCGGUGCUCAUGAAACACCUAGAGGAGAGUCACAAGCAGAUGGAGGACGAAAUGGAUAUGGAAACGCAGCUGGAAAGAGAAUUCGCCGCCGAACAGGAGGAGCUGCUGGAAGUCGAAGAAGAGGAGGACGAAGACGACAGCCCCAGGAAGAAAAGGGACGUGGACGGCGGGGUUGGGGAGGAGGACGACGUUAGGGAACACGAGUCCAUCUUGGCGACGAACGACAAGAUCCCAGUCAGCAGGCCUGGCCUCGCCAAAGUCCGUUCCCUGCCUGCGAACUUUAUUUAUAAUCCACCGCGAGAGAGGAGCGGGGACGAUGGAUCAGUUUCCGUGUCGCUGUCGCGUCGCAGCUCGUACCAUCGUCCCAAUUCGAGACCGUCCAAGUUCAAGUCGAAGCGUCGCCAAACGUUCCACUCGGGGCACCACCAGCGAAGGUCCCUACUGCCGAUGCACUUCGAAGUCGCCGAGGUCUUCGAGAAGCCUGUCAGCAAUCUAAGCGUGCCUCGAAUCAUCCCGCAACACGGUUACGGGCCGGCUACCCGCGAUCCCGGUCAACUGCAGCGUCAACGGUUACAGGCGACCAGCGACGCGCAAGACAAGUCCCUGCUGAGCGUGACGAGACCGCCAUCGGCGAGCGCGUCGUCCCCGGUGACACCGGCCGGCUCGGUGGCCGCGCUGUCCUGCCCGAAGCAGCCCAGCGACCGCUACCUUCUGCCAACGGCCACCUUUUACCCGUCCAAAGCGACGUUGAAUCGCCGAGCGUCCAGCGACGCGCAAUCGCAGUCCGAGACGAACGUCAGCUCCGGAAGCACCGGCUCCAAGACCGCAAGCGCGACCAACGGCACCGAGACGCCGCGGCCCGGCAAGCCCGAGGAGCCGAAGAUCAAGGACGAGAGACGGGUGUCCGCUCCCCCGGCGGACGAUUUCGACGUGCAGUCGAUCAUUAACGAAAGGAGACCGUGCAAGCUGAAAGCUGGAGGCUCGUCGGUGGUGCUAGCCGAUCAGUACGGCUCGUCGAUCCGGUCCGGCAGCUACGGGCGAGUCUACGUGGCCGAGGAGAAAUCCGAGGACGCUUCGCCGUUGUCCACCGGCAACGACAGCGUGAUAGGCAGCACGAACGGCAGCGCCAGCGCCAGCGUCACCGGCAGCGGAAGCGGAAGCGGCAGCGGCAGCAGGACAGGCAGCGCCGUGGUCUACAUACCGGACAGCGUUUGCGCGAGCAUCGGCACCGAUGUCAGGAUAUACGUCGACGACACCGACUCGGCGAGCAGUAGCGGGCUACGGAAGAGGAUGCCGAGCGACGAGGACGCGUCGACGGUCUGCGAGGACGCCGACGAGCCGGCGGACGCCGAGGAGACCUCCGACAGGGAACCCGCCGACAGACCGUCCUCCGGGGGACCAGCGGACCCGUCUUAAUCGGAGACUGGACAGUCCAACGGCGACUGGACCGGUCUCUCUUCCGGCGGCUUCCCGCGGCGUCCGCGACGAGGCGCCACGGCGGUCGAGCAGGGCAGGCGUCCAGACGCGCUGGGCUGUCUGGGAAAAGACUGUAGUGCAUGACAAUAUAGUCGUUAUAUUCUAGUCACUUCGUCGCCGUGAACUUGCCAAAGCCGAACGAAACUCGAGGACGGGGAUGAAAGGUUAGGGAGAGGAGUUCGCGGAGGUUAGGGACUACCGGGAUUCUAAGGGGGGCAGCUGGUAGGAUAGAGGCUGACCGGCCUGCUACGCGAACCGAACGAUGAUGAUGAUUAUGAUGAGGGAUAGAGGAGACGCACUUAUGAAAAUGAAAAAAAGGAGAGAAAUAUAUAUAGAUAUAUAUAUAUAUGAACAAAUAAUGAGAACCUAUGACAAUCUAUUAUUGCCAGCGGAACUGGUUUUACGUUCCGCGAAACGUCGUGGAAAACAAUGUCGAUCCGUAGGAAUUGGAGGUAGAACGUGGAACGACGUAGACAUUACUCGCGCCGAUAAAUGAAAUUAGAGGAGUUUCCGUAGCUGUUAGGUAGAUCUAUAUAAAUAUAUAUAUAAAUAUAUGUAUAAAUAUAUUUAUAUAUAUACAUGAAUAUAUAUAUUAACGUCGAGUCUAUGCGACGACCGCAAUUAAUCGGACCACACUUUCUCGCCUUUCCUUUUUUCUCCAGCUCGUCGGAUUAACGGGAAACGAUGGAAAAGAGGGAAAGAGAAGCGACCGGGAGAGAAUAUAUGCGCUUCGUCGGGAACGGGACGACGGUGCCAAACCGCGGACAAGGAGAACAGUCGUUACCGAAGUGCCAGAUAUAAAGAAAACAAAAUAGAAAAGAAAACGAACACGAAUUCUAGACGAGGGAAACGCGACGAAACCUUUCAGG